GUCGUCGUCGUGGGGGAAAAUCGCUGCCAGGGAAUCGAAUCGGUGAUGGUGGGCGGGGAUGCGCCUCCGGGCUCAACGCAAACGGACUUUCAAUUUUGCUUCUCUGAGCUGCUUUCGCUCGCAAAGCAGCCCGUCCGCGAUCCCCUCCACAUUGUCUCUAGCCAAGGGAGCAGUGCUUUAAGCCUUGUAUCCCCCCUACAGGAUCUAGAGAAGAAUUUGAUUCACCCUUCAAAAAAAAAAAAAAAAAAAAAAAAAAAAAAAAGAAAGAAAGGAAAAAUGGUCGACAUCGUCCCCCUCUGCUCCUAUCCGUCCUACCUCUCCCUCCUCCCGUCCAUCCAAACAUGUAACAUCACCAAUCUCCCCGAAAACUACUUCCUCAAAUACUACAUGUACCAUGCCCUCUCCUGGCCACAGCUCAGCUUCGUCGCCGUCGUCCGAUCCCCGCCCAAUGGCGGCAAAAACAAGUACAGCGGAGAUUAUCCCAAGGUGGUCGGAUACGUGCUCGCCAAGAUGGAGGAGGAGCCACUCGACGGAGUUGCACACGGGCAUAUUACAAGCUUGAGCGUGAUGAGGACGCAUAGACGGUUGGGCAUCGCCGAGAGGUUAAUGAGAAUGAGCCAACGGGCGAUGGCCGAAUCUCACCGGGCCCACUACGUCUCGCUGCACGUUCGAGUCUCAAACACCGCUGCGCUGCACCUGUACCGCGACACACUCGGCUUCGAGGUCGAGAAGGUCGAAUCGAAGUACUACGCCGACGGUGAGGAUGCGUACGCCAUGCGCAUGGAUCUUCGGGACCUCUGGGUCAAAGAGGACAAGGAGCCCAGAACCGCUGCGAGCGAAAGUAAAUCCGCUGCCAAGACGAAGAAACAGGAAGACGACGGCGACGACGAUGUGCAGGAUGAGGGCGAUGAGGUGGGAAGCAUGGGCAAAAAGGAGGACGGCAAGGAAGGGGAGAAGAUGGUCAAAGUGAAAAUUGGACGGGCUCUGGGAGUGGGAGACUUGGUGGAGAGAAACGAAGCGGUACGAUGAAUGUGGUUCUGAUUAGGAUCGUUCCAUAGCCAUUAAACUCCGCCGCGUUGUGCUGUUCCCCCCCCUCACGGCAUCAUCUACGUAUUCUUCCCAGCUUCACGGGUGCUUGUGAGAUAUAUUUUAUAUUCAUAGAAUCCUUCUGAAGCUAACACUACUUUGGUGUGGAGGCAUCUAUAAAAAAUAUUAGCAGCAUGCCGCUGCACCUUAUUGCAUGGAAUCCUACCGAGUACUCCGUACAGUGGAUUCGUACGAACUGACAACAGAUGAAAAAUAAGAGAAUCAUCAGUUCAUUAAUAGCACCUGCUAAAUCAUUAUAGGCUAAUACCAUCAGACCUGCCUUACGCCAUAACAACCAACCGGAGAGAGCCUUGCACGAAGGGGACACAGCAAAAACGGAAUAAAGAGGGUAGAUGUAUGUAUAUACACAUAUAUCCCACAGGGCAAAAGUUCUGGUUUCAAUUAUUUUGCCCCUGUGGAGGAUUGUCUCGCUCACUGUCUUCUCGCUCCUCAUCGUCGACAGGAAGCACUCCGAUCUCCUGCUUGCCAUCACCAGACCAUUGAACCGACGGCGCCUCGGCCUCGCGUGAUUUCUUCCAGAAUCCCGACGACUUUGGUACCGCAUUGCUGCUGGUAUAUCCCCAGCUCAUCGUCUGUUGUGUUUGCUCCUUGCUGCAGCUCUUUCCUUUCCCCUUGCUAGAUUUUGUAGAGUUGUCUUCAGGUUUAGCUUGCUGAUUUUGCAUCGGUGGGAUGUCUGUCUCCUCGGUCUCAGUUCUCGUCUCCUGGGUUAAACCAGUGGGUAUCACUGGGGGCUCAGAAACGAACGGAGAGGAGUACGCCGGAGGCGGUGACAUUGGGGGACAGGGCGGCACGGGGACAUGCGUCGGGAGAGAAGAGGUCGGUGGAGCGAUGUUAGCGGGAUUGUGAGUCGUGCCAACU